GCGACCUACUUAUGGGCACUACAUACCUACACUACACUACCUAUUCUACCUAUGUAUAUACUCCACCGCUGACUUGUAGUUCUCAUGUACAUGUAGCAUCUCUCGCCUGCGCAUGUACCCAUGUACGAAGGGGCCACGUACUAUAGAUGUAUCCCAUACGCAAGAGCACGCGAGAACUACCACGUUGCGUCCCGGAUAGGAAGUGGGAAGCCUACCGCCAAGCCGCCUUAGACCUCGGAGACAAUCUCGAUCUAAGCGUCUCGCGCGAGGCCGAGUUUGAGAUUUCGAAUCCUAUCUCUUCCAUUCGUCUUCGGUCGUCAUUAUGAUGGUUUUGCGCAUCUGUCGAAGAAGCUCGGAGAUAUAUGAUACCUCAGUUAUCAAUUGCUCUCUUCGUCUGCGCUCAGUUCUCUUCUAUUAAUACCAAACAGCGUCAUGUCGUGUCCCCUUCUUUCGAGUUCUCCGUUACGAUACUUUUAUUGCCCAGCUGCAUACGCACGCAUACGCAUACACAUACGCAUACGCAUACAUAUACACAUGUCACAAUGGAUAGUUACAGCAUCUUAAAACUCCAGGUUGCAUAAACAAGGGCGUGCGGUACCAUACCCGUUAGAGAGAAAGCUAGGGGGGUUUCGAUAGAUAGCGCAGAUGCAUGCGAGUCCAUAGUGUAG